GAGUUCUCCCUCCAGAGAAUGGACAGCCUUGUGGAUGACAGAGUCAACAUCUUAGGAUUUUCCAUUUUCAACCAAUCCCAUGCUUUCUUCCAAGAGUUCUCCCAGAGCCUCAACCAAUCCUGGCAGGAGAACUGUGACCAUGUGCCCUUCACCGGUCCUGCGUUGUCCUCAGCCCUGCUGUUUGAUGCUGUCUAUGCUGUGGUGACAGCAGUGCAGGAACUGAACCGGAGCCAGGAGAUUGGUGUGAAGCCCCUGUCCUGUGGCUCAGCCCAGAUCUGGCAGCAUGGCACCAGCCUUAUGAAUUACCUGCGCAUGGUAGAAUUGGAAGGUCUCACCGGCCACAUUGAAUUCAACAGCAAAGGCCAGAGGUCCAACUAUGCCUUGAAAAUCUUACAGUUCACCAGGAAUGGUUUUCGACAGAUUGGCCAGUGGCAUGUGGCAGAGGGCCUCAGCAUGGACAGCCGCCUCUACGCCUCCAACAUCUCCGACAGUCUUUUCAACACCACCCUCGUUGUCACCACCAUCCUGGAAAACCCGUACUUAAUGCUGAAGGGGAACCACCAGGAGAUGGAAGGCAAUGACCGCUACGAGGGCUUCUGUGUGGACAUGCUCAAGGAGUUGGCUGAGAUCCUACGGUUCAACUACAAGAUCCGCCUUGUCGGGGAUGGUGUGUACGGCGUGCCUGAAGCCAACGGCACCUGGACAGGCAUGGUUGGGGAGCUGAUUGCUCGGAAGGCUGAUCUGGCUGUGGCAGGCCUCACCAUCACAGCUGAACGUGAGAAAGUGAUUGAUUUCUCGAAGCCAUUCAUGACGCUGGGAAUUAGUAUUCUUUACAGAGUUCAUAUGGGACGCAGACCGGGCUAUUUCUCCUUUCUGGACCCCUUUUCUCCAGGAGUUUGGCUCUUCAUGCUUCUAGCUUAUCUGGCCGUCAGCUGUGUCCUCUUCUUGGUGGCUCGGUUAACUCCCUAUGAGUGGUACAGUCCACAUCCUUGUGCGCAAGGCCGGUGUAACCUCCUGGUCAACCAGUACUCCCUAGGCAACAGCCUCUGGUUUCCAGUUGGAGGCUUCAUGCAGCAAGGCUCUACCAUCGCCCCUCGCGCCUUGUCCACCCGCUGUGUCAGUGGCGUCUGGUGGGCGUUCACGUUGAUCAUCAUCUCAUCGUACACGGCCAACCUGGCUGCCUUCCUGACUGUGCAGCGCAUGGAAGUGCCCAUUGAGUCUGUGGAUGAUCUGGCUGAUCAGACUGCCAUUGAGUACGGCACGAUUCAUGGAGGCUCCAGCAUGACCUUUUUCCAAAAUUCCCGUUACCAGACCUACCAACGCAUGUGGAAUUAUAUGUAUUCCAAGCAGCCAAGUGUGUUUGUGAAGAGCACGGAGGAGGGAAUUGCCAGGGUGUUGAAUUCCAACUACGCCUUCCUGCUGGAGUCCACCAUGAAUGAGUACUAUCGGCAGCGAAACUGCAACCUCACUCAGAUUGGGGGCCUGCUGGACACCAAGGGCUAUGGGAUUGGCAUGCCAGUCGGCUCAGUGUUCCGGGAUGAGUUUGACCUGGCCAUUCUCCAGCUGCAGGAGAACAACCGGCUGGAGAUUCUGAAGCGAAAGUGGUGGGAAGGGGGGAAAUGCCCCAAGGAGGAAGAUCACAGGGCCAAAGGCCUGGGAAUGGAGAAUAUUGGUGGAAUCUUUGUGGUUCUUAUUUGUGGCUUAAUAGUGGCCAUUUUUAUGGCUAUGCUGGAGUUUUUAUGGACUCUCAGACACUCAGAAGCGUCAGAGGUGUCUGUGUGUCAGGAGAUGGUGACGGAGCUGCGCAGCAUCAUCCUGUGUCAGGACAGUAUCCACCCCCGGCGGCGGCGCUCUGGAGGCCUACCACCCCAGCCCCCAGUCUUGGAGGAGCGUCGACCUCGUGGCACCGCGACGCUCAGUAAUGGCAAGCUGUGUGGCGCCGGGGAGCCCGACCAGCUGGCGCAGAGACUGGCACAAGAGGCCGCCCUGGUGGCCCGCGGCUGCACGCACAUUCGUGUGUGUCCGGAGUGCCGACGCUUUCAGGGCCUGAGGGCACGACCAUCGCCAGCGCGCAGCGAGGAGAGCCUGGAGUGGGACAAGACCACCAACAGCAGCGAGCCCGAGUAG